UACAUCUGACAAGAGGCAAGAUGGCGACAGGUGGCAGAGCCGCGGAGGAUCUGCAGCGGGGCCUUCUGCAGAUGCCGCUCCCCGCGCAGCCUAUGGCCCAGGCUGAGGAAGCCCAGGGCACAGGAGAGAAGAUGGGCUGGGCGCAGGUAGUAAAGAACCUGGCAGAGAAGAAGCACGACUUUCGCGAGCAGUGGCGGGGAGAAGAAAGGGGCAGAGGUGCAGGCGGCAGGCUGGGCAGCCCCGCGGGCCUGGCCGCUCCGAACCCCGGCAACUUCCCACCUGCCGGCCGCGGGGACCCAAGGGGCUGCGGGAGAGACCCUGCGGGCUACGCGGCAGAAGUUUGCAGGAUGAAGGGAGCUGGAGACGCGAAUCAGAGGAAGAUGGCCGAGGUGGCGGUGGUGGCGGCGGUCAUGGCGUCCCCUGCCAGGCCUGGUGCGACCAAAGACGCCACUGCGGAGAGACUGCUGCAGGAUGAGCCUCCAGCUGCCUGUCCUGGUAAGGGCCGCUUCCUUGUGCGCAUCUGUUUCCAGGGAGAAGAGAGUGCCUGUCCGACCCGGGAUUUCGUGGUGGGCGCUCUCAUCAUGCGCUCCAUCGGCAUGGACCCCGGGGACAUCUAUGCUGUCAUCCAGAUCCCUGGCAGCCGCGAGUUCCACGUGAGCUUCAGAUCUGAAGACAAGCUUGCCCUGUUUCUCCGCAUCUAUGAGGAAAAGCGGGAGCUGGACGACUGCUGGGAGAACUUUGUGGUGUUGGGGCAGAGCAAGUCCGGCUUGAAGACCCUCUUCAUCCUGUUCCGGAAUGAGACUGUGGAUGUGGGGGAUAUCGUGACCUGGCUCAAGCGCCACUGUGAUGUGCUGGCCUUGCCAAUGAAAGUGACUGACAGGUUUGGGAUCUGGACUGGGGAGUACAAGUGCGAGAUCGAGCUGCGCCAGGGGGAGGGCGGACUGAGGCACCUGCCUGGCUCCUUCUUCUUGGGAACAGAGAGGGGCUACAGUUGGUACAAGGGGCAGCCCAAGACCUGCUUCAAAUGUGGUUCCCGAACCCACAUGAGCAGCACCUGCACGCAGGACAGGUGUUACAGGUGUGGGGAGGAGGGGCACAAGAGCCCUUACUGCAGGAAGGUCAUCAUGUGCAACCUCUGUGGCAAGGGAGGACACAUGUUUGCCCAGUGUCCCAAAGCAGCUCACAAUUCCAUGCGCUUCUGCCUGCCAGGUUGAACACACAGCCAGCUUACCCUUAAGUGCCAAACCAUUUUUUUUUUUCUUUAAGACCAUUUUUCUGUUUUUUGGAAGGAGAUAUUUCUAAAACAUAACAGAGACAUUCUCUCUAUGCCUUUUUAAAACCGCGAGUGCUCCCUUUCAGCCUGUUUAAAAAGGACUAUUCAGAACUGUAGUGUGGAGAUAUGUUGCCUGCCCCCCGCCCCACAAACACACCUUUUUUUCUUCCGUUUUACAUUAGUUUUGGUACUUUCGUCAACACCCUGUCUGCCUCUGUAAUAUUUACUAACUCCCUCCUCAUCUACGUCUCAAUACAAUAUUUUUGCCCUUCUGGCUGCCUUGCUCACUUUGAUGCCUCAGCCCUGGGUACAGGGCUCAAUGCAGGAUAGGCAUUCAACAAAGUGUUUAUUGAAUCGAAAAUGUCGUCGACUAGCUCUGUCUAGAGUGCCUACCUUGUGCAGCUCUACGCUGGGAUCUUUUCAUUUGCUGCUUCUAUGUGAUAUGAAAAUUUGUGAAAGCCGUGUUGCUGGAAGUGUGUAAUCCGAAUAAGCUCUGAAAGGUGGCCAAGGGCCUCUCAUAGCAUUUAAACCUAUCUCCUUUGUGACAGUUCCUUGUGGCUCAGAAGCCAUAUUUCUGUAGGAGUGUGGAGCCUAUGAAGUUCUUCUGGGAAACACCCAAGAGGUCGUUUUUGUUGGAUUUUAUUUGGGGGAGCUUGCUUUUGUUUUGUGUAUUGAUUUGAGACAGGGUCUCACUGUGUAGCCCUGACUGGUUUGGUACUGGCAGCAUUCCUGGACCAGGCUGGUUUCAAACUUACAGUGAUCCUCUCAAUUCUGCUUCCCUGAAGGAUGUUUUAAAUUAACCCCUUGGUUUUCCAGCAGAUGAAAUGAAGUGCCAAAGUUAAGUGCCUGGGCUAAAGUACACAGAAGUGUGGUACCUCAGACUGUCCACAGUAGAGUCCACUGCACACAUGCCUGGUGCUCAUCCCACUACCUCUCAUACUUCACAACAGUCUCCUUGACAAUGGUGGGCCAAGGAAGUCUCUCUCCAGGGGUAUGGUCCCUGUAUGAAGCUGAGACAAAGUCCCCUGAAAGAGCAGAAAGAGAAGCUUUUCUUCCUACUUCAUAGUAAGGGACCUAGGGAAAGGACCAGUGAACACACUGCAGGCUGCAUGCAUGCAUCAGUCCUUGGAGUGAGUACCACGUCUUAAAUGUUCCACUGUCAAUGUCAGCAGUGAGAAAUGGUUCCCCUCAGAAAAGAACCUUGCCAGAUUUUACAUUUACACCUCUGCCUCAUCUACUAGGAGCACCAGGGAAGCUAGAGACAGAGAGCUCAUCUGAAACCUUGGACCUCUGAUGCUCAGGAGAAAGGUGGUUUUAACCCAGAAGCAUGAGUGAGCUGUAAACUGGAAAAUGUUCUUGGGGAAACAGGCCAAGAGAGAGGCCUGGGUCAACUAACUGUUAUCAAGUAAAAUGAAAGACAGUAAGCUGCUUUUUUUCAGUUUUUGUCUUCUCUUACAGUUUUGCUGUUUUCUUGUGGCAUAAAAUGUAAAACAGAUGUUCAGAUUUGUUCUCAAUAAAUAUUUAUCUUUUUUGCCCGUGAAAAA